AUGGCGGAGGCGUCGUCCUUGAUCCCGGCCUCCGUUCUUCGGAACCUCACUGAUAAGCAGUACGAGAAGAGGAAAAAAGCCGCGGUGACGAUCCAAGACAUCGUCGGGAAACUUGCUUAUGAGCAAGAGGUCAAGAAGAUAUUGGCUGUGAUUAAUAUCUUGGCCACGGAGUUUACCGACAACCCACAGCCGGAUCGUAGGAAGGGUGGAUUAAAAGGACUUGCAGCUGUUGCAGUUGGUCUGAAAGAAAAAGCUCCAGCGUAUCUUGAGGAAAUUGUACCACCAGUUCUUAAUCGCAUUUCUGAUGAAGACAGCACAGUUCGUUAUAUUGCCAGUGAAACAUUGUAUAAUGUAGCAAAGGCUGUAAGAGGACGUAUCAUCAUCUAUUUCGAUAAGAUAUUUGAUGCACUUUGUAAGCUUUCAGAUGAUUCAGAUACCAUCGUACAAAGUGGUGCUCAUCUUCUUGACAACCUAUUAAAGGAUAUCGCUACUGAGAGUGACCAGUUCAGCCUAGAAGAAUUUGUACCACUCCUAAGAGAGCGUAUGGACAUAAUCAACCCUCACGUUCGCCAAUUCUUAUUGGGGUGGAUCACUGUUUUGAAUAAUGUUCCAGAUAUGGAUAUGCUCUGUUUUCUUCCAGAUUAUCUAGAUGGUUUGUUCAACAUGCUAAGUGAUUCCUCUCCUGAAGUACGACAGCAAGCUCAUUGUGCACUUUCAGAGUUUCUUCAAGAGAUAAAGAACACUCCAACUUCAGAUUACGGUCGCAUGGCCAAAGUAUUGGUACAGAGAGCAGGCUCGCCUGAUGAUUACACUCGACUGACAUCCUUCACAUGGAUGAAUGAGUUUGUGAAACAUGGUGCGGACCAUCUUAUUCCUUGUUAUUCAGAUAUUUUAGGUGCUGUAUUACCAUGCAUAUCUGACAAAGAGAAGGAAAUAAGAGAGAUUGCUCGUGAAACCAAUAAAGAGCUUCGUGCCAUUAUAGCUAGUCCUGCUGAGGGUGUCAAUAUAGGAACGGUCCUCACUAUUGCAAGAAGUGGCUUAACUAGUCAAGCGUCGACUACUCGUGUGGCAGCAUUGCAUUGGAUUGCGACUCUUUUGGAUCGUCACUGGAAUGAGGUCAUUUCAUUUUUGAACGAUAUCUUUAGUUCACUUCUGGCUGCACUGUCUGAUCCCUCUGAUGAGGUGGUCAUAUUGGUGCUUGAAGUGCAUGCAUGCUUAGCAGAAGAUUCUCAAAAUUUAGGACAUCUUAUUGAUCAUCUAGUCCAAACAUUUCGUAAUGAUCAUGCCCUUCUUGAAAAGCGUGGGGCUCUGAUAGUCCGUAGACUUUGUGUUCGUUUGGAUGCUGAACAAGUUUACAGGGAGUUCUCUUCAAAAAUAGAGAGAGAAGAUGACUUGGAUUUUGCGUCCAAUAUGGUUCAGGCUUUGAAUUUCACUUUACUCACGUCAUCGGAAUUGGCUGAGUUAAGAAUUCUCCUAAAGCAAUCAUUAGUGGAGUCUUCAUCCAUGGACCUGUUUGUAUCACUAUAUUCUCCUUGGUGCCAUUCGCCAAUCGCGACAAUCAGUUUAUGCCUACUUGCUCAGGCAUACAAUCAUGCCAGUUCCGUGAUUCAGUUACUAGAGGAAGAAGAUAUAACUGCUAAGUUCUCGGAACAAUUGGGCAAGUUGGUCUACCUGUUGGAGACCCCAGUCUUUGCCUCUUUGCGGUUGCAGCUUGUUGAACCUGACAAACAUGUAUGGUUGUUGAAGACCCUGUAUGGUCUCUUGAUGUUGUUGCCUCAGCAAAGUGCAGCCUUCAAGAUUUUUAGGACUCGUUUGAAAACUGUUCCAUCAUAUAUUUUCAACAAUGAACAGCUAAAGCAUCCAUGCAAUCAGGUUUCGGAGAUAACAAAUGACAGCGGAGACCAAGUUGAUGCAAAUGUUUAUGACAAAAUCAACUUCCCUUCCAAGCUCCAACAAUUUCAGCAAACUCUGCGUCGUCAUAGGUUCUCUCUACAAUCCCAGAAGUCAGCAUCCUCAUCGAAGUCACAGGUAUCGACUUCCUUUUAUGGUUUUGCAUUUCCAUUGGUCGCGAGAUCAUUGGUGGGGCUACUUGUCUUAGGAGUAAUUUGA